AGUUGGUGAAAGAAUUUCUUUAUGAUGCAAAUGAAGCUGAAAGACAUGCACCCGAAACCUUUAACAUGGAUGCAUUACUUCAUCAGAUGACUGAGAUCAGUGCAUCUUAUCAUCAAAGACCUAAUGAAGGUGAAAAAGUUGAAGAUUUUUCUGGUGAAAACGUCUGGAGGCAAAUUUAUUCAGAUUCACAUAAUCUUGCGUAUGAAAACAAUAGAUUAAAUGCUUUAGAUUCUGAGUCUUUCGAUAAUAAAUGGGGUGAUGAAUUUUUGAUAACAUCUGAGCAAGAUAUACAAAAUCAGCGUCCCUUAGGCAAUGAAUGGGCUCAAAACUUUAAAGCUCAGAGUUGUAGUGAAAUUAAUGAAAUAGCAACUGGUUUAUCUGAUUCUGUCACAGAUCCUAAAAUAUCAGAAUCUAAGUUCAUGAAAUUUAUUCGAAAUGUUGGAGAUGGAAAAUUUGAUCUAGAGCAGAUAGAGAGAGAGAAACAACUGCCAACAAAGAUCAUUGCUGAUAUAUGGAGUGCAGACUUUGCUUCUCCACGGGUGAAUUCAGCUGAAGGUUUGGAAGUUGUUUGGGAAGGGAGUCAACAUGCUAAUAAGGAUUUUAAAACUGUCCCUCAAACUGAAGAUGAAAAGAUGGAAGAAGCACAAAAUGAUGAAGUUCUUUUUAAUGAUCUUCAACGAGAAUGCGAAUUUUUUGGAAAAAUGGCUGCUAAGGAUGAAAGCACUGAACAUCUUUAUUUGCCUGAUUUAGAAAACUGUGAUCCGUAUAAGGAGUAUACUUUCACGAGUAAAAACCCAUUUAUGGAGGUGACUGAUGCUUUUGCGGAAGGUCUUGAGAAAUUAGGAAGCGGGGAUUUACCAAGUGCUGUUUUGCUGUUUGAAGCUGCAGUGCAAAAAGAUCCGGAGCACAUACAAGCCUGGCAGUAUUUAGGUUCAAGCCAAGCAAAGAAUGAGCAGGAUCAUGCUGCUAUAGUAGCUCUUAAAAGGUGCUUGGAGUUGGAUCCUGAUAAUUUACAUGCAUUAAUGUCUUUAGCAGUUAGUUACACAAAUGAAACACUUCAAGUUCAAGCAUGUGAAACAUUGGUGAAGUGGCUAUUAAAAAAUCCAAAAUACACCCACUUAGUUAAAUCUAACUUUGUUGAUGACACUUUGCCAGUAUCAUCUAUAUUGCCAAGUAAGAAACGGGAAGCGGCCAAAGAAAUGUUUAUUGAAGCAGCUCGAAUGAACCCUACAGAUCCAGAUCCUGAUGUUCAGAAUGGUCUAGGUGUUCUCUUUAACCUCUCCAGUGAAUAUGACAAAGCAAUAGAUUGUUUUAAAGCUGCUUUGCAAGUAAGACCAGAUGAUAGUUUGCUUUGGAACCGAAUUGGGGCAACCUUAGCUAAUAGUAAUAGGCCUGGAGAAGCUAUUGAAGCUUAUUAUCGUGCUUUAGAACUCUAUCCAGGCUUCAUUCGUGCUCGUUUCAAUUUGGGUAUCAGCUGUAUCAAUCUUGGUGCUGCUAAAGAAGCAGCUGAGCACUUUUUGUCUGCACUUAAUCUACAGAAUGCUGGAAGAGGUCCACAAGGGAAGUCAUCUAAAGCUGCUAUGUCAAGCAAUAUUUGGUCUACUCUGCGUACUGUAAUGACGCUCAUGAAGAGGACGGAUUUAUAUCAAGCUGUUGACAACAAAGAUCUUGAUUUGCUCAAUAAAGAAUUUGGGAUGGAAGUCUAAUUAAAAUAUAUAAAAGUUCAAUUAUAUUUAUCUGUAGUUUAUCCAUCAUAGACUAUUCAGUUAUUUGAAUCUCUUCUCCCUGAAGGAGAAAUUAUUUACAAACGUAACAUACAAAUUAUUUACAAACUGUAUUUGCUUGCCUCAAUAGUAACUAUCGAAAGAUUUAUGUGAUCUAGUAUUAUCUGUAUAUUCUUCUUUUGCUCUGGAUUAUUGUGUAACUCCUGUAUAAAAUUUCAAUUCCAAUAAUAAAUUUUCAUUGUUUUUUACCAAUUUUGAAUUGUUGCUUCCCCCCGAAUGUAUUUAUAUGGCAAAAUUUUGUAUAUUUCUGUUGAACUUAUUGAAGACUGGUAAUUCUGUGCAAAUUUUACUUCUGAUAAAAUGAAUUGAUUACAUUGAUUGGUUCCAUUUGUAAACAUAUAACGUUGCGUGCCUCCAACUUGCACGCAAACCCUACAAACACAAGCCAGUUUCAGGGAAGCACACCAGUCGGAUGGCGAGUACAUUGAUAUUUUCAAGGUAAAUUUAUUAGUUGACAUAAUAUAUGAAAAAAUUUUAAAAAGUAUUUAAAAAUAUAAUUUCAAGUUAUAAAAAUUAUUGAUUGAAUUCAUGCGAAAAGUAAAUAAUUACUAAAUAAUUUACAGGUUUAUUAAAAGUUCUUUAUAAGGAAUGUUAUUCUUAAAGUGCAUUAUUUGCCAUUUCAUUUUAUCAGCUAUUGCUUCGUAAUUAGGACCAGUGUGAUGAAAUCCCUGCUCAUAAGCAAUCAAGUUGUUCAUAUCAAAGUUGAUUUGUGUACUUUUAUUUUGUGAUAUUAAUUAUUGAAAACAGUGAUUCACAAAAAUAUAUGGAACCGGAAAGCGAUUUUAUCUAGUAUGAUGCUUUUGAUUGAUGUAAACAAAUACACUUAUAUUUCUGAGAUAAGCUGCUAAGUAUUUAAAAAAAAAUAUAUUUUAUUGAAAAUUAAAUAUUUUUAUCAUAGGCAGCCGGCACACAAAACUGUUGACAGUUGCAAUAGUACCUGCGGGCUUUAGUGUUGACAACCCCUGUUCUACAUGAAGAUUUUAGAGCAGUUAGCCUCAGUGUCUUUGAAAUAGUCUAUUUUCUAGCUACUGUUGAAAUUUAUUAUAAUGUUUAAAAUCAAACUUAUGUUGCAUUUCUGUAUAAUGAUAUCUUGUAAAAAAGUUUUAACUAAUAAAAUUAGGAAUAUUAUUUAA